CCAUGCUACGAGCGGGUGAAGGACUGGCUUAAUGAGAACCUAGUGGCACUUUGGAUCUUCGCUCUAUGCACAGCACUUACUCAGAUCCUGGGGCUGGUCUUCUCCAUGACGAUGUUCUGUCAGUCAGUGAAAGUAGAGACCUUUUACGCCUAGCGGUCGACCUCGCUGCCCUUCAGCACACUUGGAUUGUUUAUCAUUAAAGAGGGACAGAUAUAGACCAACCCUCCUCCUCCUCUUCUGCCUCCUCCUCAAACAGACUCUUCUUUCCGACGCUUGUCCUCUCUGUGACAUUCCCUCUCGGAUGUCGCCUGUUCACAGUUUUCUGCUAACUAUCAACAAGCACAGUGUCAGUGUAAUACCUGAGUUGGUUUCUAUGGUUUGCUCUGUGUAAAAGCUAAUUUCUGUGAUACAUUUUAUGAAGCAGUAUUAUGAAACGUGUAUAAAAAAAAAAAGUGUAACCCCCCUUUUUUAAUAUGUGUUUUGUUUUAAAUUAUUUUAUGGUUUGUAUGUGUUUAUGAAAAUGCGAGCUAUAGUUAGGAAGGUGCACAGUGUGAAGUGCUGCAAGUGCAUGUCUCCUGCCAUGGUGUGUAUUAAAUGUUUUGGCUCGACUUAAAAAAAGGACAUGUCAUGUUGUCAUUUCUCAACUGGAAACGCUGAAAGGUUUCAUGUGUAAUCCUGCUUUAUUUAUUCCUGUCACCCAGCAUGACAAACAGGAGGGACUGGGGGGGGGGGAUUUUCAAGGAACCAGCACGUCAAAUUGUUUAGGGUGUGAAACAUGCUGGAGUCAUUAAAACAUUUUGUGACAUUUGA